AGUUUACUCUUCUAGACAGCUCACGUUACUAGCUAAUUCGAUAAACUACUUAGCUAACGUUACUGUUGGCUGUGUCAAUUUUCCCGAAAAACACCGGAAGGGAGGCAGCACUUGGGGCACCGACGUUACUGCGCUGCCGUUUGUGUUUACGUUACCUAAAGUGACAUAUAGGCUAUAAGGAGAACCAGAGUUUGUUUCCUUUUAAUAACUAAUUAGCUGUAGACGAAAAGGAGUCAAUAUAUUAUUUAAACGUUAUAUGAGAAAACAAUCGAAAUUCAUGAUUUUAUGAGCGUUCUCCCAGUGAAAUAAAUUAAAUUUGUACCUGGCUCUGCCUACAUCUGAGGUUAGGGUAGUUAUCAAGUUGGGUUAUCUAUAUGUGUACUUUAACCGACCGAAUUUAACGCUGGCUAACGUUAAAUGUCCUUUUAGCGGGUAACGUUGCGGCUUUAUUUUGACAGUUGUGACCGGAAGUAGUACUGUUGAAUCCUAUGAGCUUGACACCUGACCAACUGACAUAUCCCGUUCUCUGUUCAAUGUAUUUUAAAAUGCUUGUCCCCGUUCGCAAAUCUGUUGUCUGGGUUCCCAUUGGCUGAUGGAGUGGACCGUAUCACUAUGUCUCAGAGGCUGACCAAGGAGGAGCUGGAUGAACAGUUUGAGCUGUUCUUGAAGGAGUCUGUUUCAGAUGACUCGGUGGAUUUCACAAGCUCUGACAAGCAGCCCGGUGCUAAAAGCAGUCGGAAACCAGCCCAGAAAACAACAGUGUCCUGGUGGCAAGAUGACGAGCACAGCGGUCGAGCAGAGAUGGCCAAAAGCAGAUUUAUCAAAGCCAAAAAAUCUCAGCCUGAGAACGAUGAUGGACUGCUGGGACCUGGGAAGACUUUCAGGAAGUCUUUGAGGAAAUCUCAGUCUAUUCGGGAGGAGGAGGAGGAUCCAGGGGACACUGGUUUGAGGGGAGAAGGGCUGGAGGCAGCUGCUUUCAGAGACAGUACUGAGAUAGAGGAGUCAGUGACGGUACCAGCUGCGAAUACGACACAUAUUGGCUUGGACACUCUGGAGGAAGCAGAGGAGAAAGCCAGGUUCUUUGCCCAAUUAGAGGCAGGGGCUUUAUCAACUAUAGAUUACUCCAAGCUGAACAGGGAGCUGGACUCAACAAGUUCCACCCUCGGUACUAACCUCAGGAAAGCUGAGGAAGCAGUGGAGCAGAGUGAUGAUGAUCAAAGGAAGGCCAGGGUGACAGAGACCGUCAGAGAGUCUCCAGUUUCUACAGGCUCUCCACACUACAGUGAGGAUUUUGAGGAAGAGGAGAAUGGAAAAGAGCCACUGGAGGAGAAGUCUAAAAUGUCUCCAAUUCUUGCCAAAGUUUCUCUCUAUGAUUCCUUGGAUGACCCCAGUGGAGAAGACAGAAAGAAGGACACAGCAGGAUCUCUGGACAGAGGGCAGUCGUAUGUGCAGAGUGGAGGCUCAGAGAUGGAAGCUCUUCAUGAGGCCUACAGACAGAUCCACAUUGUGGAAGAUUCAGACGACCAUAAUCACCGUUAUUCAUCUCUGGAAGGAAGGGGGAGGAUCCACAGACCUGUGUCUCCAUCGUCCCCUCCACACACCAGACAGUCUCUCCAACCUGCUUCCACCAAUGAGUCAGAGCUACCCACUGCUGAAGAGUUGAUGAGACCCAUCCGGCCAGAGAAGGACCACAUCAGAGGCUUCACCCUCCAGCCUGUCAGUGCUGUAGAACUUGACCAAGAAAAGAGAUCCCACUUCUUGGAAAGGACUUUCCCAGAUGUCACUUCUCCACAGUCACAACUGAAGCGACCUGGGGAGGCUGACCCCGUUUCAGGCAUAAAGGGAGCAAGGGAACUGGGCUCCCCGGACCCUCCCAGCCAUAACCUGACAUGGAGCAUCAGACAGGAAGUAGAGAGGCUGAUGCAGGAUCAGAACAAGUACACAUCCUCACAGGCUGGCAAAGCUAAGAGAGUACCGGCCUCCCAUGGCUCCGCUGUUUCUCAUCCCUCCACAGUUUCAGUGAGGAAACCCACUGUGGCUCCUGUGAGAGACAGGAGAGCGGAGGGGAGAACAGCAGUGACUUCCAGAUCUUCGGGGCUGAGUAGAGCUGCUGUUUCUACAGCCAAAACCCAGUCCUCUGUUCCACGUCAGUAUCCACAAGAAAGAGCCAAAUUAACAAAGAGCCAAGAAAAAGAUGACUACACAGCAGAGGUAGGUCUGAAGGUGAGCAGUGAGCUGGUGGCAUCUGUUCAGUCCUUAGUGGCUGUCCUCCAGCAGCAGAUAGACACCAGCAGUCACCAGGACGCUGCAGACACACAGGAAGUCAGAGGUCCUCAGGAAACCAGACAGACACAUCUUCCAAAGGACAGUAAGGAGGAGGGCAGCUCUCUGGUGGAGGAGCUCAGAGUCCAGCUGGCUCAGAAAGAGAGGGAGCUGCAGGUGAUGAAGCAAGGAGCAGAAGAGCUCAGCUCACUCAGACAACAGAACUAUGUACUACAGAGCAAGCUGAGAAGUGCAGAAGAAGCCGGUCAGAAACAUAGAUGGGCUGAGGCUACCAACUCCACUACAGAGGAAAAGCUCCAAAACAUAGACAAAGAAAUAAAAGAGCAAGAGAUGCUCAUAAAAGGCUAUCAGCAGGAGAAUGAGAAGCUGUAUUUGCAGAUGAAGGCUCAGCAGGCCAAGAGUAAAUCCAACGAGGAGGCCAUGUUUAAUGAAAACCAGAGGUUGCUGAAUGAGCUGGCUUUCACAAGGGAGCAGAUUAAUAAAACCUCUAGGCCUGUGGGAAAUGUCUGCCUAAUGGAUCACACUCAACGCAUUACAGACCUGUUAGCUCAAAUAAAUUCAUUUCAGUGGAAUGAGGCCAAGCUGUCUGAGGACAUUCACAGACUGAAGCAAGAAAAGCAAGCUCUGGAGGUAGACCUGCAGCUAAUGAAGAAAGAAAGAGACCUAGCUAGGGCUCAGGCCAUGUCUGCCUCAGGUGACAAGACUUUUGAGAUGCGCGUAUUGGAGGACAAGCACAGAGAGGAAGUUGCAGCCCUGAAGAAGAAGCUGCAGUGGUUUGCUGAGAACCAGGAGCUGCUGGAUAGAGACGCUGGCAGACUGAAGGCUGCUACAGCUGAAAUACACCGACUCAAAGAGCAAGUAGAAAAACUGAACAUGGAUGUGGGCAAAAGAAGCAGUGAGCAGCAGAGAAGGACCAAAGAGAAAACAGCAGACACUAAGAGGAUGCAGGAUCUGGAGCGACAGGUGAAGGAGCUGGAGCAGAUUCUAAGACGAAGAAACCCAAACUCCCUGCCCGCUCUGAUUUACGCUGCAGCCACGGCUGGUGGUCGAGAGGAUGUGGAUGCUGCCAAGACGUCACCACCCAGCAGGAUCAGCGCCUUGCUUGAGCGCAGGAUUCAGCGCCUGGAGGCUGAGCUGGAGAGUCACGAUGAGGAGGCCAAGCGCAGCCUGCGGGCCAUGGAACAACAGUUCCACAGGAUCAAGCUCCGCUACGAGCAGCAGAUCUCAGAGCUGGAACAGCAGCUGGAACAGAAACCGCAGCUGGAAGCUGCAAAUUCAGCAGCUGGGGCUGAGCCGUGGCUGUCACAGGUUCGAUUGCUGGAGGAAGAACUGCAACGUGUGAAGGAAAGCCACCAGGAGAAAGACAAAUCCCUCCAGGACCAGAUUGAGUCUCUCCAGCAGCAGCUCAAACAGAAGGCCCAUCCAAGUCCAGGCCGACACCAGCGUCAAGCUGAGGCAGCAUUUGGCGCACGGAUAGAGCGGCUGAACCAAGAGCUCAGCGCCAAGACACGAACCAUUCAGGAGCUGAGUCGCACACUGGAGAGACUGCAGAAGGAGUCAAGGAACAUGCUGUCCGUCCCCAACCUGCGACCAGAAACUCGUUCUACAGAGACCAAACGACAGCCGGGCCAAGCCAAAACACCCAGUUCUGCUACCGCAGGAGAAACAUGUGGUGCGGAGGACACGUUUCCAGCUGCUCAUUAUGAGAAGACCUACCAGCCCAAUGUCUUCACAGGCAGUCAUAUCUCAGAGGUACUGCAGGAGAACGAGGCUCUGAAGCAGCAGCUGGAGCAGCUGGAGGUGCAGACUGAGCAGGGAAAGGAGGCGUUAAAGGCUGAUGCCGCUCAAGCCAAGGAUGAGCUGCGCAGGCUACAGGAGCAGUCUGCAGAGCAGCUGUCAUCUAUCAGAGCAGAACACCUCAGGGUGUUAGACCAGCUGCGGGCCACCCAUGCCCUGGAACACUCAUCCUCAAAGGUUGCUGAACUGACAAAUAAGCUCAACACUCAGGAGGUAAUGGUGAAACACUUGCAAGAGCAGCUGAGAGAGCUGCAGGGAGCUAAAGAUGCAUUGGCAAUAUCCAGGACCCGAGAGGAUGCUCUGCAGAAGCAGCUGACCAGACUGCUGAAGGAGCUGAAGGAAGCUAAAGAAGCUCAGAGCCCAGAGGUGAAACUGGUGUGCAACCUGGAGAGGAAGAUCCUCAACAUGGAGCUCAGACACCAACACAGAGAGAAAGAGCUGCAGCAGGUGAUCGGUGGGUCGUGGCAGACGCCAGACGCCGGUGAGCAGUCAGAGGUGGAGCGCUGGAAGCGUCUGGCUCAGGACAAGAGCAGAGAGCUGGAGGCGUUCCGUCUGGAGCUGGACUCCAUCCUGGACAUUCUGAGACAUCUCCAAAGACAGGGAGUGGUCUUCCCCAUCACAACCACCCCCAUCCAGAGGAGUUAGCGCACACACAAGGUUGGACUGAUGCAGUGAAAGCUGAUAAUUGGGUGUUGCAGCCAAAGAUAAACAUAAGCAAUAAUCAGUAUGUCGGCAUUAGAGUUAGCUCAAGUGAAGGGCUUUUUAUUGACAGCAGUAUAUUAGUCAGUAACACACAGUUCCACUCCAUGUCAAACAUGUACAAACAGAAAUAAAGCUACAAUAUACUCGAGUAAUAAAUCGAGUUUUUGUUGGGAUUCAGAGACUGAAACAUUUAACCAUACACAUACUGUACCUGUUUCUUAUAUAUAUUGUUUUUAUUUUUUAUUUAAAUGAUUGUAACUUAUUUUAGGUGUAAUGAAAAAUAAAUGUUUUUCAAAUGUGAUAAA